AUGGUAAGGCUUCACGCGGAGCGCUGCCCGGACUUACUGUGAACGUGCCACAUGCGCGGUGGAGAAAUGGAUGUGCUUUUGCUAUAGCCAAGAUUUGCCGCGGUUUUUUAAAGUACUGCUUCUUCCUCUUCUGACUGUGUGUGUUUGUUGCUGUCAGAUUUUUCUCUGGGGACGAGCGCAGACAUUUCAGGACUCGAGCGGAGUUACAACCAUGAACUUUGUUGUCACUUUGAUACAAUUCCUUUUCGCGGCGGCUCACCUCUCCACUGUAAAGGUAAGUGUGACUGUUACAUCAGUAUUGAACAUAAAGUAUGAUAUCAGUCCUGAUCAGACUGCCUCUUUUCAGAUCAAAGAUUUGUAUUCUUUUUAAUCCAAUAUUAAAUGAUAAAUGAUAAGAUAAAAGAGGCUUGGAUGAGUAAAGCUGCAGGUUGAUAUCGGCCCGUUAAAUGAAUUGACUGACAUCUCAUCUUAAUGUUGAACCAAGAAAAAAAAAGGUAAAAAAAAAAAAACAUGAGCAUGCUAUAUUCGGUUCCUUUAUCAAACAUUUGUCCUUAUCAUUUUUUCAUACUCUCAUAAAGUCUCAUAAAGUUCAUACUCUCCGCAGAGCCAGACUCCAUUCAAAUAUCUGCUUAUUUAAGACCUGCUCUAGAAGUGCCAAGUCACGCUGGAGAAAAUACACAAGAAAGAUACAGAAGUAGCCUAUAAGACCAUAACAAAGAAGAAGUAUCAAUAGAAAGGAUAUUAAUCCAACAGAAGGAGAAAAAAAUUGCGUGUAUUUAGUUCUCUUAAAUUGGCAAAAUUAAUGCAGGAAUUUGGGUCGUUCCUUUUUGUCAGCGCACCAACUUAAAUAAAACAAGUGGGGCAACAGUCCUUAAAAUUGUGUUAUUUUAUCUAUGACAGUUGAUUGCAGCAUUAUCCCCGUGCCGACUCAAACACACGCUGCUGAAUAACACACCUUAUAAUUUAUGAUUAUUAAAUAACAUCUGUUCACAGUAUCAGGUCAGUCAGUGUUAAACUGACAGAUUUAUGAAUGAAGUUCAGUCUGCGGCGCUCAGCUCUCGUCUGCUCUGGUCCCGUACUGUCUCUGUUCUCACGGUGAUCUGGGCCGUGUGGGAGCAGAGACCCGGCCCCUGACCCCCCCCCCCCCUUCUCCUGUAGGAUGCCCCCCGCGAGCCCACACAGGCUGUCCCGCUUUCUCACGCAAUACCUCCGCACGUUUACAACAUCUACGCAAGGUGAACGCAGCCCUGUCAUCGCCUCCCCGUGUCUGUCUGUUUACCAGCUAAACAAAGGCUGUUUCCUGCUUGAACCUUCAAAAUAAAGCUAAAAGUUUGUAAAGAAGGUGAUAAAUCUGAAAGUGACCCGUGCUUUCACAAAGUGUACAAACUCCCUGCCUGUAAAUCCAAUAAUACUGACCCCUCAGAGUGCGCAGACUCAGACUCCCUGCUGUGAGACUCCUUUCUCACAUGAUUUUCAUAGAGCCUGGGGUACCACUAAGGUGUAUAGACAGAGCAGACAACUGUGUUUAAAAGUCUGUAGAAAUUAAACUCUGUCCUAUAACAUGUUUGAUUUUUUUAGACUGACUGACUCUGAGCUGUAAACUGCAGUGCUCCACUGUAGCAUUGGAAUCCACAGUUCACACAGCUGAUCAGAGUGUUAACAAGCACAGACAGAGACAGAGAGAAUGCAGUGAUUUAUGCCUGAAAACUGGGUAAAAUAUGAACAUCAGAAGCUGUACGCGUGGAGGUGAAAAAUACUGGGGAGAUCAUUUGAAGCUAAAUGAUGGCAUGCAAAGCUGCUCUCAUGAUGCUGAUGUGCAAGCUUACAGAAAAUCCAAUAUUUGAAACAACUUUCUUUAGUCCCACAUGUUCUAUUCAGAGAGGAAAUAUACUUCACAGGUUUGUUUUUCAAGAAAUUAAAAACUGCAAGAACCUCCUGCACACAAUGUUUUCAGCACCCACAGACAUCCCACAGUGAUGAGUUUCUCAGAGUGGAGCAGUGUGCAGGAGUUUGUAGGACUUUCAGUCCUAUCAAUUAGGACUUCAAACAUGUUUUUAAGUCAUUGAAGACUGAAGUCAGGGUUUAGCUGUCACUUUGUUGCUGGCCCUGCUGACGUGGAUGAUCUCUGAUAAAUCCAGCAUCCACACUCUGAAGUUUGGUUUGACUGUUUUAUAGUGGAGACAGAGUCUAAGCCACACACACACACACACACACACACACACACACACACACACACACACUCAUACACACACUCAUUUUAGAUUUACACUCUCUGCUCUUCUCUUUCAGACUGCCAGCAUUAACAAAGAAGUGGACAAGAGCAAGAAUGAGGGUGAGUUUCAUUUUAAAAUUCUUUGUGAUCCACAGAGCCCCCUGGUGGACAUAUGGGGAACAUUUUAAUCCUCUGAUUCAGGUUUAAAUGUUAGGGUCUAAAAUGUGGGUCUUUAAAAUGUGCAGCACGUGUGUGUUCACCAGUCUGAGCCCAGGAAUGUUGACAGUGAUGAGCAAAGGUUCCCUAAGUCCAAAGGUCUGAACCUGGACUUUGGAGUCCUCAUAAAAACACAGACAGACAGAGAGAAAUAGAGAGAGGGUGGAAACCAUGACAGAUAGACAGCCUCGACUGUGUGUGUGUGUGUGUGUGUGUUAGGGGGGCACAUUAGGCCUGUGUGUCCCUGAUGAAUGGAAACACACGAGUCAACUCAAACACUCUGUGUGUGUUUCUGAGCCGGACGUCAUGCUGUGACCUUCAUACUACACCUGUCAGAUCCUGUCACACACAACACACACAACGCACACACACACACACGCACAGAUAAGGCUAAACCUGAUUACUCUAAACUGUAACUGAUACGAAGUGUUCAGUCUAUCUGAUGUCUGCAAGAAAAAACACACAUAUGAUACAAACGUGUGAUACACACACAUGUUUAUACUGAUCAGAUACACAGCUGAAAUGAAAAUGUGGACUCAUAAUCAAGUUCUUGAUUCAGGAUUUUCCCCUUUUGUGUUGGUAUCAGUGAUCCAGUUUAUGCCCAAGCUUUCAAGAAAAGACUGCCUUUUCUAGCAGACCUUUUGUUUUGAAAGGACACUGUGUACUUCCUGUUUAAAGUAUAGUUAGAAUGAACAGUAUUGAUUUUUGGGGUGUAUUCAGUGCCCUCUUUUCAGUCAGUGUGGGUGCAGGAAAAUGCUGAUAUGAGAGUUGGCUGCAGAGGAGUCUCACUUACUUUCCUGCUGGUUUCUGAGGGUUCACUAACACUGGUUUGAGGCAGUUCUGUCUUACCUUUCGGUUUGUGUCGUCUGUUUUAGCUGGAGCAGUCUGAGAGAACAAGCUACUAAGCACAUUUUUGUUAACAAGUUUUAGGCCCUGCUUUUUAGCUGGAGGACUUAGUUUUGACAUUAAUAUGUGACCCAGUCUAUGACCCAGUCUGUCCACCUCUGACUAUCUGACCUCACAGACAGACAGGUGAGUUUAGGAUGCACUCAAUAAACUCAGCAGACCACCUUAAACCUUCGGUCUAAAACUCAACAGACUGCCUUAAACGGGGACUUUGACAGCUGCUGAUAAGUUCAUGCACUGCUGCAGUGAAUAACUGUGUAAGCAGGGCAGAGUGUGUGUGUUUAGACAGUGUGUGUGUUUGUGUGUGUCUCAUUGAUGACUUUUAUUUCAUCAUUCAGUCGGUAACACUUUCCUUGUUGUUUUACGUCCUUUCAUUAGAUCUAUUAAUGAUUUAUGGAUCUUUGUGUGUGUGUGUGUGUGUGUGUGUGUGUGUGUGUGUGUGUGUGAGGAUGAUGUAACACAGGUGACAUCCUGCUGAAGUGGUAGAACCAGCUGAGUGUGUGACAUUGCAAUUUUUCUGCUGAUGCUCUAGUUCAACUGAGUCCCAGUUCAGCUCUAGCUCCUGAGUCCAGUUUAAAUUCACUCUGAGUCCAAUUCAUAGUCCAGUUUUAGUCCCAGUUUAACACAACUCUGCAGAAGAGUGUGUGGACGGACAGAAACAGAGAAGAUGAUCUGUGUCUUGAGAUAGUUUGAUUUCUGUCUCUAACUCUCAGAUUAAACCCAGUGCAGUUUGUAUAACGCUGACCCUCAAUCAUACUGCUUUAGUGUGAUUCAGGGGUGUGGCCAACUCAAGGGUGGGCUCUCUGGGAUCAGAGGUCAAAGGUGAAGCCUGGCGCCACAGAGCUGGAGGUCUGAGCUGGGGUCAGGAGACAGCCGGGGGUCUGUGGGAAGCAGACUGAAGGACUCUGGGAUGGAUUAUUCUGGUCUGGGUGCAGAGACCAGACUGACUGAUUGACUGUUGGUGCUGACCCACUCAGAGCUUCCUCCCUACGACCGGACGUUAAUGUUUAUGUAUUUGUUAAUUUAACAUGUACUUACAGUAGCAUUGGUACUGUAAUAUUUAAUCAAUGCCUACAUCCUAGACUUACUGCACAGAGUGUUUAUAGCAAAACACUUAUUUACAGCCCCUGUCCACAGAAGUAAGUUACAAAUAAGAAAAGAAAAACAUCAAGAAAAUACAACACAGUUAUAACGCAAAGCUGAGGUUGAUUGCUCAUUUGGUGUUUCUGUUUAUCGUGGCGCCCUCUGUGGACCACACAGUCUUUGCUGAUGUGACUUUGCCAGUGUGUCAGAACAGUUUCUUGCUUACAGUCUUCUCUUGCUCUCAUAAAACAGUGGAGUGAGUCACGUUUAAGGUGUCAUAUUUACGCCUUCCUCCCGCUCUUGUUUGCAGAGUGUAAUGCACAGAGGGAUGAAGGCUGGUGAAGAAAUUCCUCCUCUGAUCCGUCCUCAGAGGCAGAAAGAGGAGGAAUUAAAGGAGGAGAUCAUGUACACUAUCAGAGCAGGCAGGGCGGAACAGCACUGUGUGUGUGUGUGUGUGUGUGUGUGUGUGUGUGUGUGUCUGAGUGUGUGUCUGAGUGUGUGUCAAGCCCAGCUGUGUAUUAACAAGCUGUGUCACUUGUGCUACUGCAACAACAUAAUGCAUUGUGUAUUAAAGACACACUGGGACACCAAUUUAACAGCGUUUCAGGGUGCAGUGUGUAAGUGCUGAGGCUUAGUGAUGUCCUGACUGUUACAGAUUUCGCAAAAGUCUUUUUUUAGGUCAUGCAGAGACGUCAGUGUCAGUCCGAGCUUUGAGCUGCUGUGACAGAUUUCUGCUGCUUACCUCCAUUCACUCUCUCUGCUCAGAUCACUGAGAAGUCCUUAAAUGCAUCAUUAACAUCACUUGGUGAUAACCCUGAUUUAGAUCCUGUGCUUUCGUUUUGAGUCUGAAUCUUCUCUCUCCCUGUCUUGUCAUUUUAUCCAGUCAUCCCCUUCAUUGAUGUCUAUAAUAAGAGCUCGUGCCAGCCCCGCGAGAAGCUCGUCGAAAUCCCCUCGGAGUACCCAGGGGAUACGGAGCACACCUAUGUCCCGUCAAGUGUGGUCCUCAAACGCUGUGGAGGCUGCUGCAGCGACGAGGCCAUGGAGUGCGUUCCCACGGAAACACGAAACACCACAUUGCAGGUGAGUGUGUGUGUGUGUGUGUGUGACAACUAAAAGAAAAAAAAAAAAAAAAAAGGCAGAAACACAAAAAAGACCCUUCUUCAUGACUUCUUUAUUGCCAUGGCUUGCUUCAGCUGAUGGAGGUCACUGGUUGUCAUGGAAACAAUCAGUUUUUGUAGAAUAAUUCCAAUAUGGAGUUUCCAUUCAACUCUAAGUACAAUUACUUUAUGGUUCAUGGAAGCAGAAGCAUUAAAAGAGGACAGAUGUUUCGUAAACAGGAAGUAUAGUGUAAACAGGACACCACAGUCAGAAAUGAAUACAGAGCCAUUAGUGCAGUAACUCCACAGCAGCAGGGCCAGGGCAGACUUCAGAUAACAAAUAUUGUUAAGAGUUCAUUGUGAUCAGGUUACAGAUUCUGACACCUCAGAAGACUCCACAUACCAACAGAAAGCAUGAAAUAAGAGUCACAGAAAAAUAGCAACUGGACUAUGACUGAAUGUGGAACCAAUGGCUCAAGAUGUAAGGGUUUAGGGAUUUAAGGCUGAGUAUUACCACUCAAGGGCAUGUUCGUGCAUACACAGGAGAAAUAUGUCUCUCAGGUCCUGUUUAUUUUAAAGGAAUAUCAAGGUAUCAAACUGCAGCCUGACUUGAAUUCCAGAAAUAUAGGUCUGUUUCUGUGGACCAGGCUCAGCAAGCAGCCAGCAGAGGCAUCUGAGAUAUGUUGUUUACCCGAUCACACUGUUUACGUGCGUGUAUGUGCAAGUGAGUGUGUUGCUGAUACAGUGCUAACCUUCUUGAUGUUGUCUGGUGUGUGUCUCUCAGGUGAUGCGACUCAGACCAAUGGUGUCGCAGCACUUAAUCCAACUCAGCUUCACUGAACACCAGAAGUGUGAAUGCAGGUGAGACACCAUCACACGCACGCACACAAACACACACGCAAACAAACAAACCCAAAGUGACAUGUAAAUAAAACUUUUUUUUAAUUUGUUCUUUCAGAGAUAAGACAGACGUCACUGCAAAGAAAGAAUAGUAAGUACGUGUUUCUGUUUGUCUCUCUCAUCAGUCUGAGCCCUCUGAGGGUUAAACACACACACUCUAUAUCAGUCUCAUCAUGGUUAAACAGAAGAGUUUACAGUAAUAAGAAACAUUCUGUUGAUGAGUUCCUCUCACAGUCAGUGACUAGUCUCUCUGAGCAGCGGGUGUUUGGAUACAUGAUGAAGCUCUCAGACUGUGGGCAUGAAGUGUGUGGAGCUGAUGUCUGUGUUCCCUGACAGAGUCUCAGGGUCAGUGGUAACUGUAGGUCAUCUGAUGGAGGGUCAAAGGUACUGUAGGUCAUCUGAUGGAGGGUCAAAGGUUACUGUAGGUCAUCUGAUGGAGGGUCAAAGGUUACUGUAGGUCAUCUGAUGGAGGGUCAAAGGUUACUGGAGGUCAUCUGAUGGAGGGUCAAAGGUUACUGUAGGUCAUCUGAUGGAGGGUCAAAGGUUAUUGUAGGUCAUCUGAUGGAGGGUCAAAGGUUACUGGAGGUCAUCUGAUGGAGGGUCAAAGGUUACUGUAGGUCAUCUGAUGGAGGGUCAAAGGUUAUUGUAGGUCAUCUGAUGGAGGGUCAGUGGUAACUGUAGGUCAUCUGAUGGAGGGCUAAAGGUUACUAGAGGUCAUCUGAUGGAGGGCCAAAGGUUACUGUAGGUCAUCUGUUGGAGGGUCAAAGGUUACUGUAGGUCAUCUGAUGGAGGGGCAGAGGUUACUGUGGGUCGUCCCUUUAUGCUUUUAUUGUUAGAUGAAGCUCACACCUCUGCAGCAGCAGAGAGUGUCUCAGCUGUAUUUACCUGCUGCAGUAGUUGUGAGCUGAGUCACUCAGUUGUGUGUGUUAGUGUGCACGUAGUUCAGGCUGCAGGGGUGGGGCCUGUAAGGAGAGGAAGCUUUUGUUUUCUUUGAUGUCCUUACUCCCCCUGUAAUAAUCUCACUUGAUGGAUUUCUGCACACUGCCCUCCCUUACCCCACCUGUUUGCCAGGGUCAAAGGUCACAGCAGAGACAGCUACAGAUCAGAGUCUGUGGAGUGACUAUAUCAAACAUUUCAAAUAAAUGGAUGAAAUGUUUAAUGUGGUCAAACCUUGAGGAGAUGAUGGUGAAUGAGGCCUAUUGGAUAUGAACAUUUGUUCAAAGCUUGGAUUUUUCCUGUCAGACUGACCCUCAUUUUAACAAACUGGGUAGUUCUCCACAUUUGUCCAUCUUUGGCUUCACAAAUUAUUGAUAAUAUAAUCUACAAAGCCUUUAGAUUCAGCACAUUAGGCUAAGUAAAGAGUGAAUCACCUUUUUUUCUAAUUAGUAUGUCUUCUGAAGUUUGUGUUUGAUUAUAGGUUGCUGUAACCUCUGAUGUACAGUAUUCUGGCAGAAAAAUCUUAAACCUUAUGGAUUGUCACAUUUUGGCUUUGACAUUGCUAAGGUGUGACUUUUAGCUUAGUUUAUUUUCAGGCAUUAUUCUUAAAAACUUAAUGUGAAAUUUUGCAUUUCAUUUUGCCAAGGUGGGAGUAAAACCAUUUGCACCAAACAAUUUAAUCACCUGUAGUCGUCUCUGCAGGGCAUGCUUAAAAAGGUCUCCUCGACAGAGUUGUAUCAUUGUUAAACAAAAUGCACCUCAGUGACUCUAAAACAAAGUUGAUAUCAUCAAUUUAAUCAUAUGAACAGUAGAAGCCUAAGCCCUGAGGAACCCCGUAUGUAACCUUCAUAUGGUUGAAAUCUGAAAUCUAAUUAUAAAACAUGUCUCUGUACUCCCUCUGACAGGGACAGAUAUGAGACGUGUCCUCCUGUUUCUCUGAGGACGUCUGUCCUCAUGAUGACAGUUAUCUGCCAGUCUGUCUGCUAGACGAUAUGAUAAACUGCUCUGUCCUGCUGUUGACUGUUUCUUGCUGUUUCAGACGACAGUUAUACACAGACACUGAGACACUGUGUGUGUGUGUGUGUGUGUGUGUGUGUGUGUGUGUGUGUGUGUGUGUGUGUGUGCGUGCGCGCGCAACCUGUUUCAGGGUCGUAGUGCACAGAUUCUGAUGAGUCAAAGUUAAACCAGGCAUCCUGUUUCUUGUGUGUGUGUUUGGUGUGUUUGAUGUGAGUGUUUGUAACGUGUGUGUUUGCUCAUGUUGUGUCUCUGCUGUGACCCUGUGCUCAUACAGUAACAGAUAGUGAGACAGUUGUAGCGUCUUGGUCCUCCUCAGACAGUCACAUGAUCAGUCUGUGUGACCCUGCGGGGUCCAUGAGUCCAUGCCCUGCAGAGAGGUUGGUAGUUAGACUCUGACUGUGUUUAUACCCUGUCCCAUCUCUGCUAUUGCUGCACCACCCACAGCUUCAUGUCCAUCUAACCCUGAGGUCAGAGUGAAGCAGGGAUCAGAGCUCAGAGCUAAUUUCUGCAGAAUGAGAUCAUAAAACUGUGUGUGUAUGUUCAGAGAAAUGAACUGUUUGUCCUCCUGAUAUGGUUUCUAUCAGCUGUGUGUGUGAGUGUGAGUGUGUGUGUUGCAUGAGUUCAAGUGUGUGUGUAGCCUCUCUGCUCUGUAGCUUAGCCCUGUCUCUAUCUUUCUCUGUCUCUCUGUCUCUUUGCUUCUCUUGCAGCCACUGUGUGCCUUGCUCAGAGAGGAGGAAGCGCUUGUUUGUGCAGGAUCCUCUCACCUGUAAAUGUUCCUGCAAAUUCACGCAGUUAGACUGCAAGUCACGACAACUUGAGUUAAACGAGAGAAGUUGCAGGUUUGUUUCCUCUAUCUCUCUCUCUCUCAUACACCUGAAUAAGAAACAAAAAACAAAUGUGCUUUAUUUCCACCUGGCUGUCUGUCUCUCCUCCUGUCUGUCUGUCUGUCUGUCUGUCUGUCUGUCUGCUGAUUGGCUGAGAACAGCAUGCUUCUCCUGCCCUGUCGCUGCCCCUCUGUGUGUGUUAAUGAUUGUGUGUGUGUCUGUGUGUGUGUUAUUAUUGUGUGUGUGCAGCUUUGUGCUCCUCUGUGCUCCUUGUUGCGGUCUCGGUGAUGCAGCCUUUAGAUUUAGAGGAUGAUGAUCAGACACCAUGCUCAUGCAAAUACUAUCCUGUCAUUAUCACUUCCAUCUUUAUCUCAUAGUUUGCUGCAGAGUGCAAAUCUUGUGUCUCAGAGAUCUUUCUGGAUAAAUUACUAUGUUAUACGAUGUGACUUCACUGCAGGAUAAAUGAACAUUAAAUUGAAUAUUUGGAUAAUAGGAAUAAGUUUAAACCUAAUGCAGUUUAUUUUUUCUUACCGGCAUUAAAGUGAACAUUUUCACAGAAGAAAAUGUGAGACAGGACUGUCCUCUUUCAGCUCCCCCUCUUCUCAGAGCCUUGCAGUCAACACUCCUUAAAAUAUACCAUAAAUCCUCAAAUACAGGCUCUUAUAACAGGUACCAGGCCUUUAUUUGAAGCAGGCUUUUAUUUAAAACUGUCUGAGAAUUACAACGAUUCUUAUUAUGGCACAAAAUGAGGGUCUGAUUCUCAAAAGGAUUGUGCAGCUUUUCUACCCACUGAACCAGUGCAAACAGGCUAAAAAGACUCCUUCUAAUUUGCAGAGCAUGAGCAAAGUGUUAAGGCUCCACAAACUGCACUGCAGAGCAAUUAGGAUCUGUGUGUCUCAGUGUUGUUUGCAUACAUCUAAAUCCUCUACAUUAUACCUCCCUCGCUAUAAAAGCAAGCCUCAGUGUAAAAAUCCUCAAAAUCACUGGUGUUGCUAACAACCACGCACAAUCAUGGUGAUUACUUUACUAACUUCAUUUGGUUAUCUGUACUUUUUGGAGCAGCUGCUUUUUGGUCUCUUGCUCCAAGAAGUAAGCUGGUUAUUAACUGUGAAAUUUGUCUCAUCCGUCAUGAAUCAACUCCACCAAAAUGUUCUGAUCUCUCCCUCUCUGUGCAGCUCACUAUAUCCUUAUUCCUGCUUGAUUCGCUCAUAAAGGAUGUGAUUUAACACUAGUCUUUAUUUGAGGAAUUACAGUAAACGAGAAAAAUGAGGCAAGUCAAAUUCACUGAUAGUUCAAGUUCCUUUAAGGUCAUAAACUCAGAGAUGCUCAUACUAGCUCUGCUGCUGGUGCACAGAUUGCAGGACAGAUUCCAGAAGCUCUUUAGGCUGCUCUCACACCCGAACCUGCCGACUGUACUUAUCUUUUGUCUCUGUAAACAGCUGUGUAAAAGCAGACAUGAAGAGAGGUGGUUUCCAUUCAUAAUGUAAUAACAUCACUCUGCAGACACAAGGUUUCCUCAUAAUGACAUUGAUUUAUUAUUGAUGGGCUGUAGGCGAAAGCUGUCUAAUGAUCAGACCUCAUAUCAGCCUAAACAGAUAGUUUAGCUUUAAUGUGGAAUCAGAUACUUGCAGCUGAACCAGUCAACAGAUUGAUCACGGGCUGUAAUCCACACAGACUGAGUCUAAAUACAGACAGGUCUGCUCACCAGGCUGAGCUCACAACCUCUGUUGACCCCCACCUCACUGACCCCCACCACACACACCCAGGACCCCCUCUGAGACCCCCCACACUCUGCUGGUGGACUGACCACCAACAUGCCUCUGAUUGGCUCCUCGGCAUUCAGAGGGGGACUCUGGAGCCGGGGUGAGGUGGUUAUUGACCCCUCCUUCCCCCCAUAAUCCUGUACUCCCUCUCCACAACCUUUAACCAGCCCUGAUGUGCAGGUUUGAACAUUGUGGCAUAGAUUAGUUCAUCAGUUAUCAUCAGAGCUUCACACUGUCCUCAGAUCCAGAAGAGUUCGUAUGCUGUGUUAAAUGUUCAUUAAGACAGAAUCUGAUGGUUUGGUUGUUUUUAAAGUCCGUAUAAAAGAGUUUAUCAGCAGAACUCUCCUACUGCAGAUCAUGCUGUUGUAAUCCCUGCAGAGAGUGCUUUGUCAUUGUCUUCCUAAAACAUGAAGGUCUUCCCUGAAAAAAAUUGUCUGUAUGGCAGCAGGUGUUGCUACUAAGCCUGUAGAUAGGCAUGAACGGAGCCUCUACAGGUGUGGAAGCUACCCAUGAUAUAAACACUCGUGAUCAGGGAUGCUGGCUCUAAACUGGGAGCUGAUACCAAGCUGGGUAGUCCCUCCAUUCUUGUGAGAGGAAGAUGCAGCAGCGUCCAUGAUUUCCAAAAAGUAUUUCAGAUUCUGAUUUUCAAACCAUCAAAUUCUGAUUGAUCAACAUGUCACACAGUGAAGUGAUUUGGGGUCCAAAACUACAAUGCUACCAUUGCAAUGAAUGCGGGGAACCAGAGUGUACUCUGAAAAGCAAACCUCAGACCCUGCAGACAUGACACCCAUGCUCUCUCACUGUCUGACCCCACCCACUACCCUGUUUGUAAGAAUCCCUGUGUGCAUGGAGCGAGUUCAUGUGCACCCUGCUGACUGUGUUAUCAUCUGUAAACAGUCCUGAUGCUGGUUUCUAACCAUCGUAACAGUGUUUUUAAGUGUCACAUUCAGCUCCCCUUCUGUGUCUUUACCAUGUGUCCCUCUUCUCCUCCUCAGAUGUGAGCGCCCCCGGAGGUGA